UUUGAGCGACUCCGCGCUACGGUCAUACCAAUUGCAGCAAAAAGAAGAAGAAAAGACAAAAAUUGCUCGUCAUUCGCAGUAGGCGAUUUCAGUGAAUAUUUCAAAAAACCUACAAAUUCAACGCAUUAUAUAUCCCCUCUCGAGAAGCAGCCGCAUCAUGUUCGGAAGACAAAGUGGACUGGGCAGUUCCAGCAACAGCAGCAACCUGGUGGAGUUUCGCGCCGGCCGCAUGAACAUGGUCGGCAAGAUGGUCCAUCCGGACUCGCGAAAGGGCCUCGUUUACAUGACCCAAAGCGACGACGGCCUGAUGCACUUCUGCUGGAAGGAUCGCACCUCGGGCAAGAUCGAGGACGACCUCAUCGUCUUCCCCGACGACUUCGAGUACAAGCGCGUGGAUCAGUGCAAGACGGGCCGCGUCUAUGUGCUCAAGUUCAAGUCCUCGACGCGCCGCAUGUUCUUCUGGAUGCAGGAGCCGAAGACGGACAAGGACGACGAGCACUGCCGUCGCAUCAACGAGCUGCUCAACAACCCGCCCUCCGCCCACCAGCGCGGCGGCGGCGGCAGCAACGACGGCGACCUCCAGUACAUGCUGAACAACAUGUCGCAGCAGCAGCUGAUGCAGCUCUUCGGCGGCGUCGGCCAGAUGGGCGGUCUAAGCUCGCUGCUGGGCCAAAUGAACUCACGUACGCCCUCGUCGCGCAACACCUCCUCAUCGGGUGGCGGUGGCGCCUCGGCCCUGCAGACGCCCGAAAAUGUGAGUGUCCCGCGCACUCCGACCGCCCCAUCCAAAUCGGGCAGCAGCCGCAGCAGCAGCAAUGUGAACUCGCAGGCCGGAGAGGCGGCCGGCAGUGCCGGCUCCUCCGUUGAUGCGGAUGCCUCCGGUAAGAACUCAACCACAUCGACCACAACGGCGUCAGAAUCGACCGGAGCCUAUGCCAAUCCAUUCCAAGCCUACUUAUCCAAUCUCUCCCCCGAACAUGGCGCAGGACGAUCCCUGAACAUUGACCUUUCGACGGCGCUGUCCGGCGCCGAGGCCAUCAAUCAGCUCAUCGCCGAUCCGGAGCGGGUUAAGUCGCUGAUCGUGCACCUGCCCGAGUCUGAGGAUGCGGACGAGGAUCGCAAGCAGCAGAUCAAGGACCACAUCACCUCCCCGCAGUUCCAGCAGGCCCUCGCCCAGUUCUCGAAUGCCCUGCAGUCGGCCCAGUUGGGGCCGGUGGUGAAGCAAUUCGAGCUGUCCAACGAAGCGGUUGCCGCCGCCUUUUCCGGCAAUCUGGAGGACUUUGUGCGAGCCCUGGAAAAGAGCCUGCCUGCCGGUGCCACCAUGGGUGGCGAACCGUCGGCCAGCGAGAAGAAGGGCGACGCCGAGACUCCCACUUCAGUGGACGAGAACACCGAUCCCGCUGCCGAGAAGCAGGAGGAGAAGCAGAAAUAAUAGUUUUCGGAAGCAUAUUUUUUAAUGUUUCUAAGUAUUUUUCGAUUCUGAAUAAAUUAACAAGGGAGUUACAGAUGCAUUAAA